UUUGAUGAGGCAUGCAUUUGCAUCCCAGUCUCUCUUCACGUGAACAUCUCUUGCUGGAGUAAGUGAAACCGCCCAUGAGACUCGCAAUUUAAGCUAACACACAGCCACUCAUAAAAACAAGGAGUCCAUUUCAACGGGACAACGAUGGCGUCAAAAUGUCCUAAAUGUGAUAAAACGGUCUACUUUGCGGAGAAGGUGACAUCCCUGGGGAAAGACUGGCAUAAGUUUUGCCUGAAGUGUGAGCGCUGCAGCAAGACGCUGAUCCCUGGAGGUCAUGCAGAGCAUGAUGGGAAACCUUACUGCCACAAGCCAUGCUAUGCUGCCCUCUAUGGACCAAAAGGUGUGAACAUUGGAGGAGCUGGCUCCUAUGUCUAUGAUACCCCUGUCACCGAGGAUGCUGCCAGCGUUCCCACGGAAACUGAGCCGAAGCCGGCAGAGAAGAAAGCAUCCGCCCCCCCCAAAGGCCCAGUGAAAGCUGCAAGUUUCACAUCCUUCGCUGGACAGCCAAACGUCUGCCCACGAUGCAGCAAGACAGUGUAUUUUGCUGAAAAGGUGACAUCCCUUGGUAAGGAUUGGCACCGUCCCUGCUUGCGCUGUGAGAGGUGUAGCAAGACUCUGGCACCAGGGGGCCAUGCAGAGCAUGAUGGCCAGCCCUACUGUCACAAGCCAUGCUAUGCUGUCCUGUUUGGACCCAAAGGUGUAAACACUGGAGGAGUGGGAAGUUAUAUUUAUGAUGAGCCCAACGCUGAGCCCCAACCUUGAGUCUUUUAACUCUCAGCCUCCCGGCCACCAGCACCACACACCAGGCUACCCAGCUCUUCUCUUCCGAUGAUGUGCAACUGUGGAUCUCCAUCUCUAACUUCGCUCCAUAGCCAUUUGACCACUUCUUUUAAUACUCUCAGUCUUCUCUUUCCUGUAGCCAUAUUUGUUGGUGUGUGUAUGUGUGUGUGUGUGUGUGUGUUGGGGGGGACUUGUAGUCCAUCAACCACUAGCUAGUCUGCUGCUGUCUGCUUUUCUAGAGAAAUGG